UGAGUCUUGAGCACUCGUCGCCUCCAAUACCUGGCUUUUGAACCAAACGAUGCGGUCGGAACGGCCCCGCACGCGAUCUCGGAACAGCUGUUAAUUCUUCUGUUCAAGAAGUCACCUGUAGGUCCACGGCUUCUGUGCUCGCCGCAUGUCAACUACUAUCCCUCCAUAUGGAUUCCCCCGAGUUGAUGAGGGAAAACGAGUACACAAUAGCGAGCUGUUGGGGAGAAGCAUUGUAGGUUACAUGCGCCCAAACUCCUGCCGCUCUCUGCAUUCAUCAACUGCGUAUGGUGCUCUUCACCUUUAGUUCAAUCUCCCUUGGAGCUAGAGACAUUGUAUGGAUCCGCCGUAUCUGAUCUCGCCGCUGACUCGAUCACACCUAUCUGGGUCGGAGAAGGUGUCGUUACCUUCCACUCCUCGAAAGGCUACAUGGGGGUCCUAGGAAAUGAAUCGAGACGUAGGGAAGAGCCUCGGACACGAUGAGCGCGGUUAGUUCAUGGUCAUGUUCAAAGCAGGAGUUCAAUGGUCUGGACGAUUCUCGAGGUUUGAGAACGAAGGUGAACCUUCCGUGACCUACGCCUUUAACGCGCACCAAGCUAGUACCGCGCGCAUAUAGCCAGCCCUUCCCCUCUCGGGCUCCUCAUCUGUUUAGGUGUUAGUCACUGGUUCGGGAGAUUAUUACAUUCGGUUUAUGGUAGAUCCAGGAGUCGCACACCUCUGGCAUGCCACGCUCAGCAUCCAUCUCCUACGAUGACGAUAUCGCCACCUCCACGCCGGUGUCUCUUAUCGUCGCCGUCGCGCAGCAUCUUCCUCUAAAUCUCAACAAUCACAGCACAACGAUCCUCAUCUCUCAAUCGCAUAAACGCUCGCUUCCAUAGCAUUCACCGCGAUGCUGAUCGCAGUCCUCGAUACAAGCCCGUUCACCCCUCUUGAUUGCAUUUACGGCAUCUAGCCCGAGCCUUAUCCGACGUACCCGCCGGACGAACGUAGAGCCUUAUCCUCCUCUCCGCUCCGAGGCGCCCGCCUCGUGUUUGACCACGGUUGACUUCCCAAGUCUCGAGGUUUUGCUCUCAGUCGAAAACGCGUCUCCGCUUUCCGU